CGCCAUUUUAUUUCUGUGAAGCACGUCUUUUGGGGUGAUAAUCGAAAUCUGGCGGGUUUGCCAUCGGUAUUUUGCUCAGUCGUCAGAUGAUCUAAUCUUCUCUCGCUGAACAUGCCAACGUAUUUUCAACGCCCUGAAAAUGCCCUUAAAAGAGCUCGUGAAUUCAUCGAUGUUGGCAAAAAGCACCGUGCCCUUGAUGCCUUGUACGAUGUCAUCAAGAGUCGGAAACAUAGGACAUGGCAAAAGGUCCAUGAGCCUAUUAUGCAACAGUACUUGGAACUCUGUGUGGAGUUGAAAAAGAGCCAUGUUGCCAAAGAAGGCCUGUUCCAGUACCGUAACAUAUGCCAACAGGUGAACAUCAAAUCCCUGGAAGAUGUGGUACGCGGGUAUCUCGAUCUUGCCGAGGAAAAGACCGAAGCGGCCCGAGAAGAGUCGCAACAGGCAGUGGUCGACAUCGAUGAUCUUGACAACGUGCAGACACCUGAGAGUCUCUUGCUGAGUGCUGUAAGCAGUGAAGACACGCAAGAUCGAACUGACCGGGUAGUACUGACCCCGUGGGUGAAGUUCUUGUGGGAGUCUUACCGCCAGUGCCUCGAGCUUUUGCGAAACAACUCUCGCGUGGAGCGCCUGUACCACGACAUUGCUCAGCAGGCGUUCAAGUUUUGCCUAAAGUACAAUCGCAAAACUGAAUUCCGGAAGCUCUGUGACCACCUGAGAACGCAUUUGGGUCACAUCCAUCGUCACCAGAGUCAGCAGACGGCCGUCAACCUCAACAACCCCGACAGCCAGGCCAUGCAUCUGGAGACCAGACUCGUCCAGUUGGACAGUGCCAUUCAGAUGGAGUUGUGGCAGGAAGCCUACAAAGCAACCGAGGACAUUCACGGCUUGAUGACCCUUUCCAAGAAGUCCCCAAAGCCUCAGCUGAUGGCAAACUAUUACCAGAAACUAGCAUUAGUGUUUUGGAAAGCUGGGAACCACUUGUUCCACGCGUCAGCCCUCUUCCGUUACUUCCACUUAGCGAAGGACCUCAAGAAGAACAUCACUUCCGAAGAGAUUCAGAAGAUGGCAUCUCGCGUGGUGCUAGCCACCCUUGCCGUUCCCAUGCCUCCAAACAGACCCGAAAUUGACAGGCUUGUAGAGACGGACGAGAACGUGAUCGACAAGAACCAACGCCUUUUGGCAACUCUUCUGGGGCUCACUGGGCCCCCGACUCGUGCCUCCCUUGUCAAGGACCUGGUCCGACUGGGAGUUGUGGGCCUUGCGCCUACCCAGCUGCAAGACCUUUAUCGCUGGUUGGAAGUUGACUUCCACCCCCUCAAGCUCUGUGGCCGCGUGACACAGUGCUUCGACUUCAUCAACAAAUGGGAGGAAUGCUCCGAGCUUCGCGUAUACGUUUCGGCCCUGCAAGACAUCACCGUCAUGCGGCUUCUCAAAGAGGUUUCGCAAGUCUACGAGACCAUUGAGUUUUCCCGCCUCUUGGAGUUGGCCCCGUUUGCUACCGCCUUCUACCUGGAGAACAUGGUGGUAGAGGCCGUGAGGCGAAAUGACCUCCAGGUGCGCAUUGACCACAGCCGCCACUGCCUCCACUUUGGCUCUGAACUGAGCGUCUCCCAACGCGAGGAAGUCAUUGAAGGCCCUCACCUACAAGGAAUGCCCAGCGAACAAAUUCGCUGCCAGCUGGUCAAGUUGUAUUCUGUUCUCCAGCGAUCUGUACAUUUGAUUCGACCAGAGCAGAUAAAGGAAUCGACGAAAGAGCUCAAGAUGCACAUCAUAGAUGCCUACAGGCUGGUGUUCAAGAAAGAGCACAAGAAAAUACUGGAGCGCCAGCAGAUCAUUGAGGCUCGCAAGGAACUUCUGGAAACCUUGACCAUCCAGAGGGAGGAAGAAGAAAGGAAACAGAUUGAAGAAAGACAGCAGAAGCUGCGGGAGGCAGAAGAAGAACGUAUUGUCCGAGAGGCAGAAGAACGUGCCAAGCAACGUAGCCAGCGUGAGCAGGACGAGAUGAAGAAAAAGGUGGUCCUGGAAAAGAUCGAGCUGCUCCGCAAGACAGACAUAGGAGCGCGGAUCUUUGAGGGGCUCGAAGAGAAGGAGCUAGAGCGGCUCGAUCCGGAAGAGAUUUUGAACCGCCAAGUGGAACAGCUGGAUCGCGAACGCAAGGAGAUGCAGAUGAAGCUGAAAAAGCAGGAGCGUAAAGUGGAUUACAUGGAGCGAGCGAAGAGGAUCGAGGAGAUUCCGCUGCUCCAGGAAGCCUACGAGAAGUUCAAGGUGGAGGACGAGAAGUUCUGGCAGCAGAAAGAAGAAGAGCGGAUCAAGCUGCUCAUCCAGGAGCGCGAGCUGGCGCUCCAGCACAAGAAACGCAUGUUGCGCAUGAAGGAAGACAAGGAGAACUUCCUCAACAAACUCACCGCCGACCGUUACUCCGUCUACAAGGAGAAACGGCGCGUGUUUGAAAAGCAUCUCGAAGAGGAGCGGACGCAGAGACUCGCCGAGCGCAAGGCAGCUCGUAAGGAAUCCCGUCGCGAGAAGUACGUCACCGAGAAAGAAGAGGCGGAGCGUAACCAGCUGCUCGAGGAACAAAGGCGUGCUGAGCAGGAACGUUUGGCAAAGCUCAAGGACAUGGAAGCAAUCAAGCUGGCUCGCGAACGAGAGAUCGAAGAGAAACAGCGUAGAAUGGAGGAGGAGGAAAAAAUGAAUGUAGAAGGGGAGAGAAAACGAGAAAUUCGAACUGAAGAAAUGAACUGGCGCAAACGUGAUAGUGAACCGGAGCGCAAGAACGAACCUUGGAGACCAACUCGCGCAAGGGAUAAUCGUGAUGCAGACCGUGAUGGACCUCGUCGAGGCAGAGACGAUGACAAGGAACCGCCAAAAGAACGGCCAUGGGGGCGCGACCGUGAUACUGAAAAGGAGUCUCGCAUCGAAGAAGACAACUGGAGACAACACAAGGCUGAUGAUGUUCGGCCAUCACCACGAGCACCAGAGUCCCGGUGGCGGAAGGAUCGCGAAGAUGGAGAGCGCGAGGAACGGCACGAUUCUGAACGCGGCUCCUGGCGCAGUGCCGGGGCAAGGCGUGGGGGAGAUCGUGGUGGGGAAAGAGGCGGAGAUCGAGGAGGAGGAGGCAUGUGGCGCCGAGACGACCGGGACAGAGAAUUUGACGGCAAGGGCCGCGACUUUGAUCGUGGCCCCCCACGCGGCAGAGACAUCGGGGACGAGAGAGGACCUCGUGGCGGCAGAGACAUGGGAAGCAAGUGGGGAAGCAGGGACGCCCCCCGCGGUGGUGGUGCGGCGCCGGGAGGAACUUCCUGGAGGAAAGAUGACAGCCGGCCUCCCCCUCGGAAAGAUGACUGCUUCUCAGUCUCUUGGCGUGACAAGGAGGACCGUUCAAGCAAACCUCAAGAUGAGGCUGACGAAGAGGGCUGGAAGACUGCCCGUUAGACUCUGGUAGAGGGCUGUGCUUGGAAACUGUUGUGGGUGUGCAAUUGAAACCCCAGUUUUGGCACUUUGGUCCCAGGCCCAUCCCGUUAGUUUUUUAUUAGCAUCCCAUCUUCCGUGUAACCAAUAAUGCUGUAUGAUUUAUUGAGGUCGCACGUUUACUAUGUGCAGGGUUCAAAGCCCAACCACAGCGUAGGAGGAGCACAGAAAUGUAAUUGCGAACCUGGGUUUUUGCUCUACGCUGCUUCACUUCCGAAAAAGAAAAACGGAAGUGUGGUUAUGUAGCCUUGGAGAGCUUAUUCGCAUUUUGUUGACACUCUUCAAAAUUGAAAUAAAACGGGGGAGAAGCCUUGCAACAAAUUCUUUGAGUCUUUUUUUUUUACUGGGAAGGUCCACUGUUACAGCACGUAAGCAGCCAAUGUUGUUAACAAUGAGGGUUACAGGGUGUAAAAAUUACUAACUACAAAAUGCCAUACACAGAUGUGAUUACACAGGCUCGAACAAUGUUGCAGUAAAAAAAAAGUGGCCACACUUUGGCCAGAUGCAAGAACUGUACAGUAGGAAGGAAAAAAAAAAAAAAAGCUUAAGAUGUAAACAGUACAAAGCUGUUGUAGUAAUAUACAGACACUACACAAAGUGCAGCUCUUAAAAUCCACCCGGUCACAUUGCUCACAUUUCUUCCAUUUACAUAUAAGGAAUGGCUGCAAAGCAAGGUUCCGCUGGCAAUACCCUGGCACCCCAUGUUAAAUACAAAAUUGUUUGAGAUACAAAAUCUGUUCUAUGCAUUACCUCUCUAAUUCAACUUCGCCAUGUUCUUGCGUUACACUUAAUUCUGAGAAGAUCGUUAACUGUCUGUACCGUAAUGUUGCUCAGUCAGCUUCCACUUGAGCAAGUAUGGAAAAUGAUCUCUUGAUUACCAACUUGGAGUGCUAUGUUCUGCCUUGGACAAAAACGUUUGCAGCCAGUUAUGGCAUAAUACAAUACAAAAGAGCUACAAAAGGGGGGUAUCCACAGGGACUGCCGUACAUGGUGGGGCACAAAACGACCUCCACUAUUCCUGGUGGUGGUAUAAUACAGUGAAUAUGUUAUGUGGACAUGUACAUAAAUGAUGUGCAAAUAUUUUGGGGCGGGGGAGGUCACUCAUUGGUACGAGUGCGGCGUUUCUUUGCCUGCGGUUCUUCGGUGGGUGCCCCAGGUGUGGGUUUCUUCUUCUUUUCAUCCUCCUGUAAGGAUAUUUCAUUUUUUGUUCUUUCCUUCUGUUACGUAAUUAAGGCCCUUUCUGCGAACCCUGCACAACUCCGCGUAACAGCGAAAGCUAUCCUCACUGUACCUAUUGGCUGUGGCUAUAACUCUCCAUCGUCCUUGAGGGAGUAGCAUAGUGAAUCACUGAACAAAUGCAUGCCAGUUCAAAUGGAUGAUUAAGCUAAGCUGGAAGCUAGAGAGUACGCCAGUUACAAUGUAGAAAGACUUCCCUUCUGAGCUCAUCAACAGUCAUUUGAGGUUCAAAAUUGCUAGGGCUUGCAAAAGGUUGAACAGCGUAGUAACAACUUGCUUGGAUCAAGCUUAUAUUAACAAAAUCCUUUGUUUUACAGCACAAAUGUUGUCAUUAAACGGCAUUUCAUAUCAA